AUGUCAGUUUAUUAUCUAUGCUAGGAGAUUAAGAAACCUUUAGAAUUUUCUAAAAUCACUUCAGACUCAAACCUUAGAGAAUCCUCUAUUGGUUAUAACUUAAUCACUAGUUUUGAACACUCUCAAUAGUGUAAAGCUUUUGGUUUUAAUAAUUCCAAUAGUAUUUGGGUUUUGGCUUAUGGUGUUGAAAUCCUAGUUUGUUAAAUGGACAAUUAGACUAUGAGAGUGGAAUAAAGUCUAUAAGGACAUAAAUCUUGUGUCAAUAAUAUUCUUUAUAGUAACAAAGAAGAUAUGUUCUUUUCGAUUGGAAGUUGGAAUGAUAAUGUAAUAGUUUGGACCAGAGAUUCAGAUAGAAAAUGGAAUAAAUAAUUCCUAAUCUACAAGGAAUAGUAAACUAGAGAUUUUGAAGUCGUUUAGUUAAUACUAAACAAUGAUGAAAAUGAACUCAUUGGAGUCAUGGAUUAUAAUUUUAUAGUAGUUUGGUAAAGAACAUCUGAAAACAAAUGGAUAAAUAAGUAAGUCAUAUCAAUUAGCCAAAAUGAACAUUCUCAGAUUCUUUAGGUGAGUUAUGACAAGAAUUGUAUGAAAAUAAUCAUAAUAAAUUAAAGCGGUUAAGUAUAAUUUCUUGCUAAGAAUUAAUAGAAUCAAUGGAAAAAGAGAUAAUUAAUUAAUCUUAAGGGUAUAAAAGGCAAGAAAUACUAUAAUAUUGACAAUGAUUAAUUGGUAAUAUAGACUUAAAAAAUGGAAUAUUUAUUAUUUAAUUUUAAUACAGAAAAUGAAUUAUAUGAGGAAGGUUAGGUUAAUAUGACCUAAUGUCUUUAGAGUAUGUUAAAUUAAGUAUUUGAAUAUAAUUCUUCAAUCUCACAAAGUUAGGAUGUAGUGGGUUUGAAAAGAAACGAAGAUCUAUUGAUAUUUACAAAGGAUACAAAAAAUUUAUAUCAAUAAAUCUAGACUAUAUAAUUUGAACACAGCUUUUUUUAUUAAUUUUCAAAGAAUAAUUAGUAUCUUAUUACUUGGGAUUAUUCAAAAUUCAUAAAAAUAUGGAAAUAAAAUAAUGAUUGA